GAUCUGGACACCGUUAGUAGUGGAGCGUCUCUGGCUGUCGCGGGCGGCCGGUACUCACUCCCACUCCUCCACUGUAGCGGACAGCAUUGCCAAUGCAACCGACCGUUUGCCCUCACUCGUCCCUCAUAUCUCUCUCCGCCAGACCUCUUUGUCACUGACUGGUGCCUCACUCUUGAAAACACUUGUGGACUUGAAGUUGGACGUCUCUCCGUGUGAGUCUGAAUGACGGGCGGUCGAUUUGAUUUUGACGAUGGUGGCACCUACUGUGGAGGCUGGGAGGAGGGCAAGGCUCAUGGCCACGGUGUGUGCACCGGACCAAAAGGUCAAGGUGAGUACUCGGGCUCCUGGUCCAACGGCUUCGAAGUGGUGGGCGUGUACACCUGGCCCAGUGGAAACCUGUACCGGGGAUAUUGGGCUCAAGGAAAACGGCAUGGACUCGGUGUUGAAAGCAAGGGAAGGUGGAUUUACCGAGGCGAAUGGACGCACGGGUUCAAGGGCCGCUACGGAGUCCGACAGAGCCUGAAUACACCGGCCAGGUACGAGGGCACCUGGAGUAACGGACUGCAGGACGGGUACGGGGUGGAGACCUAUGGAGAUGGAGGUACCUACCAAGGUCAGUGGACUGGUGGAAUGCGACAUGGCUACGGUGUGCGCCAGAGUGUCCCUUAUGGUAUGGCCUCAGUUAUUCGUUCUCCUUUGCGAACGUCUCUGGCUUCCCUGCGUAGUGAACAAAGUAACGGCACUGUCCUGCGUGACAACCUGUCAGACAGUCCUGCGGGAACUCGUGGUGGCUUUGUUCUCAACUUCCACUGUGAAAGAGAGGGACAAGAAAAGAAGAAAGGCCUCUUCAGACGUGGAUCGCUCUUUGGCAGUCUUCAACGCCUCCGUAAAACAGACUCCCGCUCAUCGAUCUCAAGUAAGCACAGCUCAGCUCGCAGUGACACCACCAUGAGUCGCAUCAGCUCAAGUGACGCGAACUCCACCAUCAGCUUUGGAGACGGGGACGCAGGGGACGACUACCUGCCUUUGGAGGACAAUGUUGAUGCCACUACUACAGAGUCCUACGUGGGUGAAUGGAAGAAUGAUAAGCGAAGCGGUUUUGGUAUCUCGGAGCGAUCCAAUGGGAUGAAGUACGAAGGCGAGUGGUUGAACAAUAAGCGCCAUGGAUAUGGCUGCACCAUCUUUCCUGAUGGCAGCAAGGAGGAAGGCAAGUACAAGAACAAUGUGUUAAGCCGAGGAAUCAAGAAGCAUCUGAUCCCCCUAAAGAACGCCAAAAACAAGCAGAAAGUGGAACGAGCUGUUGAGGGAGCCGCCAGAGCUGCAGCCAUUGCAAGAACAAAAGUAGAAAUCGCCAUCUCGAGGACCUCUCACACCAGAGCCAAAGCAGAGGCAGCUGACCAGGCUGCACAGUCAGCCAGUCAGGAUUCGGACAUUGCUAGAGCAGUCGCCAGAGAACUGUCCCCAACCUUCCAUCAGCCAGGUCCAGACUACAUCAGACAGAAGUACAACGAGCCUGUUGAGGUGAUUGAGGUUCCUGAAGAGGAGAAGAAGCAGACGUCUCCAUCAGGAAGUCCUCAUUUUUACCGGAAAGGCACAACGCCGAACCAAUCACCUACACAGAGCCCUGGACCCAGUCCCACCCCAUCACCCACCACUGUUAAGAAAUCCCUCUUCAACAGUAACCCACCCACAGUUUCCACUGCACCAAAAGCUUCUGCAAAGGAAGACAAGACAGCUCAGUCUAUAACUGCAGCCUCAGGAAUAACAAAAGCAGCAUCAAAGCUUUCCCUUAAACAGGAAGUACGGCAACAGGAAGCUGUCACAUCGACCGUUAACACAACACUGAAGAGCUGCCCAAGUAACGGACAGAUCCACUCCCAGUACCAUGGCUACUACGUCAAAGCUGAUGUCAAGAGCCCACCCCCUGAAGAUCCAAUCGGGUUGGAGGAUGAUUUUCAUCCGUCGAGUUUAGCACGUUUACCACCUCCUGCCAAAGCUUUUGUUGUGACAACACCAAAGCAUCUCCCUGCGCCAAGUCCAUCCCCAGUCCCACCUAAGGAGAACAACAAACCGUCAGAGCCCGCAAAAAUGAGAAAACAGGAGUCAAUCAAACCAAAGAGCCUUGGAGAAACCAAGAAAGCCAGCAUGGAAAUAGUCCCUGAAGUUUUAGCGGAAGAGUCGGGUCCUAACUCCAUCUUGGUGGCUCUGGUCAUGCUGUUGAAUAUUGGUCUUGCAAUCAUUUUUGUUCAUUUCCUCACCUGACCAAAUUUGAUCAAAGUGAACCUAUCCAACUUGUCACCCUGAGCUGCUGACUCCACCAGCCAGAGGAACCGUCGCUUGGUUCCAGUCAGACCAGUGGACUUGGAUGAAACGGACAGCUAAAUAGUGAGAAGGAAGGAGCUAUGAAAAACAAAAUUAGAGAAGAGAUCCAGAGGUGGAGAACAAUGGAAGGGUUGAGAGCUCCUCCCACCUGCGUGGGUGGACUAUCGGCAGCCGCUAAGGCAACCAGAUUGGAUUGGUGAUGAUUGGUGACUCCAUUCAGAGUGAAAGCUGAAGCAUGUGGUCAGUGAUGCAAUAGGAGUAAGACAGAAUGCAUUGGAAAAAAUAAAUAAAAAGCUCAGAGCCUGGAGGAUGAGGUUCUCACUCAGGGUUAGAAACGAUAGAACGAGUGUGAGGUCACAGGUGAUGCGUGUGCUUGUUUUUCCCAGAAGCUCCAUUUUCAUUUGGCUCUUCAACAAAUGUGGAAAUUUGAAUUGCUGGAAUAAAAGUUUUUUUGUCCUACUGAGUUUUAAGUACUGUAUCCACGUUUUCACCUUGCUGCUGGAGGGCGUUUGCUCAUGUUUCUACAGACAAGUUGUAAGUGCCAAAUCAACAUAGUCUGAUCAAACCUGACUACAAGCUUUGUUUGCACAAGUAAAUUUUAAAAAAGUCAUCAUUUUGUUGCUUUUACAUUUCAUUUGGUUCUUCUUCUGUCCUCCUGUUGCCUCCAGCUGGUCUUGGAAAGAUUUGUGCCUCCAUGUUUAUGUCAACAUGACCUUUGUGGAAGACUUAAACUAGUAUCCAAAACUUGGCUGUAUUUGUUUUUCUUUCCUACCAACAUCCCAAAAUAUAUCUGGAUGAAAACCAAGUUUGUACAUCUUUAUAAACCAGUGCGUCUUAUAAUGUGAGCUGUGUGUGUGCGCGUGUGUGGGCAUGUGCUGCCUUGGCCUGUCCUCACAAGAUUUAGAGGGUUAAAACGUCAGUAAUAGUCGUAUUACAAUUGGGUUUCAGUUUGGGUUAAGGUCAGCCAUUUUUUUAGGAUGGUUAAGUUAUGGGUGAAACGCUGGGAAAGCAUAAUGUCAAUGAGAGGUCCUCACAAAAAUAGCAAAAAACAACUGUGUGUGUUGUGUUGUGUGUGGGGGCAGAGGGGUAUGUUCGGAAAUGCACUUAGAGCUGAUUGAAUCCAACAGCUGCUUUACAGUUUUACUGAGUGAUGUAUUGGUGGGUGAGAAGGGUCCUCAUAGGAAUGUCUGGCACUCGGCUGCUACUCUGCACACUGGGUCCUGCGAGUGUCGCUCUAUUUCUAUAGCUCUGCAAGCUGGCAGGUUUAUUUAUCACACCGGCUGGAGAGUUUUAAUAUCCAGUGACAGUUAAAAAGUCAUUUCGUGCUGCAGGUUCCACACUCAAGAAUUAUGUGUCAAAUUCUGCUCAUCGGAUGAAUCUUAUUUUUUUCAUUUUUCUUUUUUUUUUUUUUUUUUAAUGAAUGAUCUCUCUAUCUGGGCAAAGUUGUAUCUUGUUUUACUCUAAAUAGCAUCCCUUGAGUUUUGAACAUUUAUUUAAACAUGUUUUGUCAUAUAAAAUGCAAUGAUGUCAUGGUACACAUAGGGAGCCUAGGCCUCCGCCUCUUCCCGUCGGUUGGUAGGACCUCAGAUCUGACAAAAAAAAUGAAUGAGAUGAAUGUGAGGAGAUCAAAGUUAUUUGCUGGUCCACUUUGCCGCAUGCCCUGGAUCAUACAUAUGCUGUACCUCAAUUUAAAUGAGUAAAAAUGAUGCUGUUUGUUGUAUCAUUUAUUAUUUAUUUGCUUGUGAAAAUAUGUAAUUAUUUGGACUACAUCAAAUAUCAUACAAAACCUAAAGUAACCUAUGAAGCCAGUCAAAAAGCAGUGCUCUCAGGUCCUUUCAACGUAUCAAUUGUAUCUUUCAAAUUCACAGACUUCAUAUGUGAGAUCUAUGGUGUAUUUCAAACUAGAUUAGAAAAUAACUUUUAUUUCUCCAUUGACUCCCGUUCAUAGUUUUGUUUUGUUUUUUAACUUGGGUUCCAUGGGGCGGAAGUAGAUGGGCUUGACUCAGGCUCCCCAUUACAGUUUGUGUGAAUAUUGGAAUACAGGAUGGAACAUAAUGGAAUCACCUUAAAGCUUUUUUACCUUUAAUGUGUUUCCAUUAUUAUGUCCAACCCCUGUAUAUCCUCAAAGUUUAAGGUGUGGGUCUCAAACUGAUCCACAAAGGGGCCGCAGUGGGUGCGGGUUUUUGUUCCAACCAAGCAGGCGUACACUGUUUAACCAAUCAGGUGCAGCUCGAACGAACAGACUUCAAACACCUGAUUGGUGGAAAGGUGACUGGUUGGAACAAAGACCUGCAGCCCUUGGAGGACCGGUUUGAGACCCCUGGUUUAAGGUAUGGAAGUCUAAGUACAUGAUCGGUACAUAUAACUUGUGCAUGGCUCUGUUCAGGAGCUUGAGUAACUUCAAGAACCUGUUUCUACAUCUAGAUCUAUUUAUUUUUUUCAUGGCAUUUUCCUUAAGAAAAUCUAAAUCUUAAUUUGAAUGUUUAUUUCAAUUUCUACUCUUGCCAUUUUCACUGACUUAUACGUUGCAUAAAUCAUAAGCACCAUUAUGUUGUAUAUUAUUGAGAGACUACAUCAGAGCAGAGUGAAAAACUGGUCUGACGUCCACUUCUUAGAUGCACUUUUUUUCCACCCCUUUUUUCAGUGCUAGUUUUCUUUCAUUUACGUUUUUCAUUUCCUCUUGUCAGUGAGUUCCACAUUUUCAUUCCCACUAUUGUAGUGUACAUUUGUCUCAGUAUGGUUCGUGCAUAUGGUCGAUUGAAGUUCUCUCUUCUUCUCUGCUGUUCUUCAUCAGGAGUUAGUUCAGUCUCUGUAGAUGAAGUGCCAUCUGCACAUGCUUUCAUUUGUUCUGACACCUCACGUAUAUCAUUAAUAUGCAGUAUCAACUAUUUAGGUCCCAGAACUGAGCCUUGAUGUACUCCAUACAACAUCCCUGCCAGUCGUUUCCACCUGUUCCACCCUGCCUGCUCUCUCCUCUUCACCUCUGAAUCUCUGCCCAUCACAUACUGUAGUAUGACUGAUCCUGGAUACUCAUCCGUUAAGCUUACUUCUCCCUAAUUUCCACUGGUCUUUCUGUCUUUGUUUUACUGAAAUUCAUUCCUUUCCUCACCAGCCUGUACCCCUAACCUCUUCAGCUUCUCCUCCAGCUCAUCUUUAGUCACACGGCACUGCCUCCUCAGGAUUUGAGGCUCUCCUUUGUUCCUAGAAAUCUGCAUCAGGCACCAUUAACACUCGUCUUUCACUCAUCAGACAACCUUUUUUUUCUCAGAAUUUAUCUUGUACAAUGUUUUCUUACUUCAGAGAACGAAGGAAGGACUUCAAUGAUGCUGGUCAGUAGUACUCAGAUUUUGUUUGUCAGCUUUUUUGUGGAUGAUCCUUGGUGCCUUGUAGAAUUCAAAAGGAUGUCACUGGCUCUCAGAUGCAGUCCACAGGUGUUUUUUUUUCUCAGUCUUUUAGAUUAGAUGUCCUUAGUUUGUGCAGCAAUAUUAGGAAUGACUCCUGACAUUAAACAAGAGAGAAAUAUGGAGAACCACUGUCACCUUCAUAAGUCCUGAAUUAGAAGCAGGCUCGUGGCCAGUAUUGUCCUGGUUGGUAGCCUCACCAAACAAGCCCAUGAUGAACAAAUAGGACUGAACCAGCACCUGCUGAGGCAAGUUUUUGCUGGAAGAUAUUUUUGUCUUGCACUUUGAGAUGCAGAAAUGGCCUUGAGUCUAUAGUGUUUAAAACGCUGAUGUGAGUCAUGAGAUGGUGCCGCAUCCACGCCAUAUGAAGCUUACUUAAUGACUCUUCUUUUGGCAGCAUUUCUCACUUCAUUUCAUGGCAACUUCAUUUUACUACAACUAUUACGACAAUGGUAGAUUUUUUUUGUUUUAGUUUUUAAUGUUUUGAUACACAGAAAUAAAUAUUCCUCCUUUAACGUUACAGGAAGGAGGUGUUAAAUAGAAAAACAGUUGAGGUAGAAUUGGACGCAAAAAAAAACACGCUGAGCCUAGGUUGGUAUUUUAUCCGAAUGUCUCAGCUGGAGCUAAAUUUGUUUCCCCCACAAUUUGUUUUGCCUUUUUCUGAUUUUAUUGUUCAUCAAAGGUCAUGCAAACCUUGAACUUUGAUGUAGUCUUUUAUAAUUGUUACUAUUCAAAGGCUUCAUGUUAUUACAUACAAUGAGAGUGACAGUUCCUGCUUCUGUUCUUCAUUAUAAAAAAUGUGUAGCCUAGAAAAUUAAUUCCUUUAUUAUUUCUCAUCAAAUGAAAUCAAAUCAAACAGAAGGAACAACAUAUUUUUUCUCACCUGACAAGUUAUUUGUUUGUGUACCUCACAUGACACAAUUUAUUUAGAAAAAUAGUUCAUAGAUAUAAAGAAGCUAUGUCAGA